AUGAUGCAACCAUACGUCAUUCCUCGCUUCAGCAGCAUAUGGACUAGAAAGAAUAUUCAGAAGAUGAUUCUCCUUGUGAGCGUAGUCUUUGUCGUGAGCCAGUUAAAUCUGUUGUGGUUCAUUCCUCAGUUUAAAGAUUCUCUUCCUGGUGGAGUCAGAGCGCCCUCUGGUAAGGUAUUAUUUAGAGGGCUCCCUCCUCAGUUUAUGGAGAAUGGUCCUCUUCCUGGUGAAGUUGGAGCGCCUCCUCCUCAGAACAAUUCGAUUGGUAGCAUCUAUCACAGAGAAGCAUUUUUCUUGCCGAAUUAUGAGGCAAUGAUGAGGGAUUUGAAGAUCUUUGUGUACCCGAAUGGAAUUCCAACCGAACGUUAUAAUUCAAAAGACAAGCUCACGAGAAAAUAUGCAAGCGAACAUCAAUUCAUGAAGAAUCUUGAACGAACUCGGUUCUUCACAUUUGAUGCUACUAUAGCUAAUCUCUUUUUAAUUACCUUUUCUUGUAUAGAAAAAGGAGGCAAGAAGAAAGUUAUCGACGAUCAUGCUGAGAAUCAUGUCAAGAAUCAUGUCAAGAGCUUAAUUUUCAAAUACCCUUAUUGGAAUAGGACUUUAGGUGCUGAUCAUUUCUUUUUCAGUUCCCAUGACAUUGACAGCUGGGAUACUGAAGAAGUUCCAUUUUUCAAGAAGAAUGCAAUUCGGCUUGUCAAUUCACCAAGUUAUGAUUCCAAGUAUAUUCCGCGGAAAGAUAUUGCCCUCCCGCAGACACUGGAGCUCUCUCUUCCUCCUGAUGGGGACGAUGUGUGGAGCAGGUCAAACGUGAAGUCUCGCCCUUCCCAGCUUUCCUCAAAGAAGAAACAACCUCCCAGGACUAAACUUGGUUUUUGGGCGGGUUUCCCUAACUCAGAUGUAAGAAAGAAUCUUCAAAAUUUUUAUAAAGGUGUUCCAGAAUUUGACUUCCAUUUCAUCGACAAAAUGAAAAAGGCUAACGUACUAGAUGAUUAUCAAAAUGAGCUAUAUGGGAAUAAGUUUUGCAUUUGUCCUCGGGGGAAGAAUCAAGUCGGUGGUGUUUGCUUAACAGAGUCGAUAACUUUUGGAUGUGUACCUGUUAUCUUGUCCGACUACUAUGACUUGCCAUUCAAUGACAUUCUUGACUGGAAUAAUUUCUCUGUAAUCAUCAAGGAGGACAAUGUUCCCAGCCUAGAGAAAAUUCUUGAAGGCAUACCAGAAGACAAGUACAAGAAAAUGCUUCAAAAUGUUCUUCAGGUUAGAAAGCAUUUCAAUUGGAAUUCCCCUCCAGUCAAGUACGGUGCGUUUCACAUGGUAAUGUAUGAGCUAUGGCUGCGCCGACACACCAUUAAGUCAGCUGUGGAAUCUCGCCCUUUACUGCUUUCCCCAAAGAAGAAACGGUCUCGCAGGUCGUGA